GAAGGGUGGAAGGGUGGAAGGGUGGAAGGGUGGCCACACAAGAACAUACAUAGUACCCUUUAAACAAUGCUGAUCAUGGUGCCAUAUGUCAUGUUUCCAUUUGGUCUUUCACGCUUCCUUCUUUUUCUACUUACUCUUCAUCCUUUCGCUCUUUGAUCGGUUCCCCGAGUAGUUCUUAGUCUACUAUUCUUGCUUUUUGUCGUAGAUAUCUGCAAUAAGAAAACUGGGCGAAUUUACGUCUCCAUUUAUACACCACUUGUAUCUUGCAUCUCGCAUCUCGCAUCCUGCGACUUCAUUCGCUUCACACUUCCCGACGCGCUACUACUUGUAAUGAGAACUUAAGAUGGAUCCCCCAGACCACCAGCCCUAUUCUAGAGGGUACGAGCUGAGGGAUAUACCCCCCGGAGAAUCAACUGAUCACCUCAACUACCCCGAACAAGAAUCAUACGCCGACAGACCCUACUCCCUCCACGAUCCCCCCGUCCACAGCUACGAUUCGGAGAGGCUCGACCGUCCUAUCUCCCCCGCAUCCAUAUAUAGCGGCGACACUGCCACCCGAGGACUAUAUCACCUGCCUCCCGCGUCGACGGUGACCCAAGGUGCUGACGAUUUCGAGCACAAUAACCUCGGCGAGGGAUUCGCAUUUGGUAGACCUCCAUCAACCUAUAACGAGCUAGAAACAUGGGCGGAACGACAGCAGGCUCCCCUCGAGACCCUAAACGGAGGGGGGAUCCGACGUCGCAACACUCGAAAGAUCAAGCUCGCUCAAGGUCUGCAAGGUUCGGUCCUGAGCACCGAAUAUCCGGUACCCACACCUAUCCGCAACGCCACCGAAGCCCAAUAUCGAGACAUGGAAGAGUUCAAGACGAUGAGGUACACGGCGGCCACGUGCGACCCGGACGACUUCACCCUGAUGAACGGAUACGAUCUCCGCCCGCGCAUGUAUAAUCGGCAUACCGAGCUCGUAAUAGCUAUCACCUACUACAACGAAGAUAAGAUCCUGUUCGCCAGAACGAUGCACAGCGUGAUGCAAAACGUCCGAGACAUAGUAAAGCUCAAGAAGACGACGUUCUGGACCAAGAGCGGACCGGCUUGGCAGAAGAUAGUGGUCUGCCUGAUAUUCGACGGUAUCGAGAAGGCUGAUAAGAGCGUGCUGGACGUGCUAGGAACCAUGGGAGUGUAUCAGGACGGCGUUCUGAAGAAGGAUAUCGAUGGCAAAGAAACCGUCUCUCACAUAUUCGAAUUCACCAGCCAAAUCUCCAUCACCCCCGACCAGCAGCUCGUCCUACCGAAGGAAAACGACCCCGCCAACCUUCCUCCCGUGCAGCUCCUGUUCUGCCUGAAACAAAAGAACAGCAAGAAGAUCAACUCGCACCGUUGGCUCUUCAACGCUUUCGGCCGCAUCCUAAAUCCCGAGGUCGUGAUCCUCAUCGACGCAGGAACUAAGCCGAGUCCUAAAUCUCUCCUCGCCCUGUGGGAAGGCUUCUACAACGAUAAAGACCUCGGCGGCGCGUGCGGCGAGAUCCACGCCAUGCUGGGAAAGAAGGGUAAGAAGCUGCUCAACCCGAUCGUGGCUAUCCAAAAUUUCGAAUAUAAGAUUUCCAACGUCUUGGAUAAGCCUCUGGAGAGCUCCUUCGGUUACGUCACCGUCUUACCGGGCGCCUUUUCCGCCUACCGUUUUCGAGCCAUCAUGGGAAGGCCCCUGGAGCAGUAUUUCCACGGCGACCACACGCUGUCGAAGCUCUUGGGUAAGAAGGGUAUAGACAACAUGAACAUCUUCAAGAAGAACAUGUUCCUCGCCGAGGAUCGAAUUCUCUGCUUCGAACUCGUGGCUAAAGCAGGCCAGAAGUGGCACCUAAGCUACAUCAAAGCUGCUAAAGGAGAAACCGACGUUCCCGAAGGUCCCGCCGAAUUUCUCAGCCAGCGACGACGUUGGCUGAACGGCUCCUUCGCGGCGACGCUGUACUCCCUGAUGCAUUUUAACCGGCUGUACAGGUCAGGCCACAGCAUCAUUCGGAUGUUCUUCCUGCAUAUCCAGUUCCUCUACAACAUCGCCCAGAUCCUGUUCAGCUGGUUCUCCCUCGCUUCCUACUGGCUUACGACCAUCGUCAUCAUGGACCUCGUCGGCACUCCCGUUCCCGAGUCUAACUACCACGGCUGGCCGUUCGGGGACGUCGCAACGCCCAUCGUCAACGUGCUGCUGAGAUACCUCUAUCUGGUCUUUAUCCUCAUCCAAUUUAUCCUCGCUCUCGGAAACCGACCCAAGGGUUCCAGGCACUCUUACGUCGCUUCGUACGCCGUCUUCGGCUUGAUACAGGCCUACAUCAUCGUCUUGUCCUUCUACCUCGUCUUCCGCGCUCUGCAAACCCCCAUCGCGGACGAGAUAGAUACGUCCAGCGCCGCGGCGUUCUUCGUCAGCAUGUUCGGGGGCGACAGCGUCGUCGGCGUCAUCCUGCUCGCCAUCAUCACCAUCUACGGCCUAAACUACGUGGCCUCCUUCCUCUACCUGGAUCCCUGGCACAUGUUCCACUCGUUCCCUCAAUAUCUGGUGCUCGCAUCUACCUAUAUCAACAUCGUCAUGGUCUACGCCUUCAACAAUUGGCACGACGUCUCCUGGGGUACGAAGGGAUCCGAUCAGACGGCGGCGCUACCGUCCGUACACGUCACCAAAGACGAGAAGACCAACGCCCCGAUCAUCGAGGAAGUAGAGAGGGAACAGGAAGAUAUCGACAGCCUGUUCGCCAAGACGGUAUACAGAGCUCUCGCUCCGGUCGAAGAGGAGGAGGUCGUGGAGAAGAAGGAUACGGAAGACUCGUACAAGUCCUUCAGGACCGGUCUGGUAAUCACUUGGAUAUUAUCCAACCUGCUGCUCAUCGUCCUCGUUACGAGCGACGAGUUCGAAUCCUUGGGCGUAGGGAAAGCUUCCGACACGCGAACUCCCGGGUAUUUCCGCUUCCUCCUAUACGCUACCGCCGUGCUAUCCAUCAUCCGCUUCAUCGGAUUCCUGUGGUUUUUGAGCAAGACCACCAUCAUGGGCUGCUUCGCUAAGAAAUAGAUUCGGUUACGAGCGAAGCGCCAGGCGUUUGGGAGGGGCGGUUGCAUCGCUGGAUGGUUUUCUAUAUAAAGAAAAGUGAUUUCGAUAGAUCUGGGGCGCUUGGGUAUCUGGGUUGGACAUCUUGAUUGGAACUCACGGAACGAAUGGCUCUCGCCGGUACGAUCUCGUUUGGGUGAGGUCUCGGGAGGCAUAGCUGUCGAAUCUAAUAUCAUAAUUCUCAAGUAUUUAUUUUUUCGUCAUGAUAUAGCAUGGUGGACUGGAGCAUCGGAGCUAGCUAUUGAUAGUAAUCGCUGCAUCCCUGAAUCGGUAAGGUGAUCAGGUAUAAGUUAGAAGCAUUGAUGAUGGUAGACAUGUAACUGAUUUAUUGGGACGCGAAUCAUAUUGGCCAGGGAAUCAGAUAGUCAGCUUGAGGAUCCUCACUUUCGGGGUGCCUU